CAGGACAGGCAAGAGCGGCAUCUUCUUUCUUCUCUUGCUACGCAUCGCAUCCACGAUGCCGUCCGUCGCAUCCCGGUCUCCCGAUGCGUCGCCAGACGUGCGCGUGAAGCGCAAGAGAUCCGUGUCGUUCUCCUCGGCGAGCGACACGGACGACGCCUCAUCGGCCUCUCGGUCACCACCACCUCGUCGCCGCAAGGCGGCUAGUCCAUCACCAACUCCUUCAAGAUCACGUUCUCGAUCCCCUCCGGCCCGCAAAGAAAAGACAAAUGGCGACCCAAGUCGCGCCCUCAUGGUUAGGGAAGAGGCAGAGAAGCUCAAGAGGACAGAAGCAAAGGGCGAGGAGCUGAGGCAGCAGCUCGCUAAACUGUCGAACACGCGAGGAGGUGGCGCAUACAUUCCCCCCGCCAGGCUGAAGGCACUGAUGGCCGAAGCCGCAGCAGCAGAUCCGGGCAGCGUCGAGUUCCAGCGCAUGAGCUGGGAUGCGCUCAAGAAGAGCGUCACCGGCCUCGUCAACAAGGUCGCCGCCGAAAACAUCAAGUUUAUCGUCCCCGAGCUUUUCGGCGGCGCCAACCUGAUCCGUGGCAGGGGCCUCUUUUGCAGAUCGAUCAUGAAAGCGCAGGCUCAGUCGCUCCCAUUCACUCCCGUCUUUGCAGCGCUUGCGUCCAUCGUCAACACCAAGUUGCCCAUGGUCGGCGAGCUCUUGGUGACACGCCUCGUCAGCCAGUUCCGCAGGUCCUUCAAGCGCAACGACAAGACGGUUUGCAACGCUACAGCGAUGUUCAUUGCUCACCUCGUCAAUCAGCGGGUGGUUCAUGAGAUUCUGGCCCUCGAGAUCCUCGUCCUGCUCCUGGAGAAGCCGACCGACGAUAGUGUCGAGGUGGCCGUGUCGUUCAUGCGCGAGGUGGGCGCUUUCCUGGCAGAAGAGUCGCCGAAAGCCAACAACAGCAUCUAUGAUCGCUUCCGAGCAGUUCUGUACGAAGGAGCGAUUAGCAAGAGGGUGCAGUUUAUGAUCGAGGUGCUUUCUCAGGUCCGAAAGGAAAAGUACAAGGACAACCCGCGCAUCCAGGAGGCGCUUGACCUGGUUGAGGAGGACGACCAAAUUACGCAUCAGAUCAGUCUCGACGACGACUUGAAUGUUGAAGAGUCGCUCAACGUUUUCAAGGCGGAUCCUGCCUUUGUGGAGAACGAAGAAAAGUACCGGGAGAUCAAGGCAGAGAUUCUCGGUGAGAACUCCGACUCGGAGGCGGGGAGCGACGACGAAAGCGGUGACGAUGAAGAUAGCGAGGGCGAGGACGAAGACGAUGAGGCAGACGAGCAGGCAAAGGUUGACAUCCAAGACAAGACUGAGACCAACCUCGUCAACCUGCGGCGAACCAUCUACCUUACGAUUAUGUCUUCGGCCGGGUUUGAGGAGGCGGUCCACAAGCUCAUGAAGCUCAACAUUCCCGAGGGGCAAGAAAUUGAGCUGUGCAACAUGAUCAUCGAAUGCUGCUCCCAGGAGAGGACCUUCAACAAGUUUUAUGCCAACAUUGGAGAGAGGUUGUGCAAACUCAACAGGACCUGGUCGGAAUGCUACGAGGUGUGCUUCCGAAACUAUUACGACACCAUCCAUCGGUACGAGACGAAUCGGCUUCGCAACAUUGCCCGCUUCUUUGGCAGCAUUGUUGCCGCGGACGCCAUCAGCUGGGCCUGCUUUUCCAUCGUCCACAUGACUGAAGAGGACACGACGAGCUCCUCGCGCAUCUUUUUCAAAAUUCUGAUCGGAGAAAUGAAGGAGAAGCUGGGAAUGAAGGCCCUCGUCGACCGAUUCAAAGAGCCAACGAUGCAGGAGUACUAUGUCAACAUGAUGCCCAAGACGGACCCGAAGUCGACUCGAUUUGCGAUCAAUUUCUACACGAGUAUUGGUAUUCCACAGAUCACAGAUGACAUGCGGGAACAACUCAAAAUCGUUCGCGAUCAAGCCCUUGCCAAAACGCAGAUGCCUGACGACUCGUCGAGUAGCGACUCGGACUCGAGCCUCAGCAGUUCGUCGGACUCGUCGAGUCUGAGCAGCAGCAGCAUCAGCGACUCGGAUUCGUACUACUCUCGGCGGAGAAGGCGAGCUAGGUCCGAUACCCGGACACCACCGAGGCAAGCAACUGCCAACAGGCCGAGGAGAGAUGCGUUCAGCCCCGAAAGAAGUCUCAGCCCUCGCCCACGUCGUAGGGACAGGAGCCUGUCCGAUUCUCAUUCGCCCCCGCCGCGACGGAGGAGGAGCCCUACCGACUCACGCUCUCCCCCACCUCGUCGAAGAGGACGGAGUCCCAGUGAUUCACGCUCGCCCGUUCCCGCAAGAAAGGCCAGGAGCCCAACUGACUCUCGCUCGCCGCCCAGUCGGAGAAAGAGAAGCCCUUCGAUCUCUCGGUCUCCUCCACCUGUUAGACGACGCUACGAUGAUGAUGACGGCCACCGUCGCAGGAGGUCUCCGACGCCUCCUCCUCGCGGUAUUCCUCCCCGUGACAAUGGCUAUCGUCGCAGAUAAGAUCAGCCCUCAAAAGGAACAAAAAGUCACCCUGUAUUAUUAUGCAUCUUCAACCAUCAAUUAUCUUCCGCGAUCAUCCCCCCUUGGCCCUCGAAGAACCUUUGAUCGUCUGAGCACAACCUCGAGUCACUUGUUGCAUGCCCUAUCUGGACCUCUGAAUAUGCGCCGUCUAACGGACCACAAACCGGUGACUUGCUCUUCCGUUGUUCCCGCUUCGUUUGAGGCGAAAUCGCCUGAAGGAUAAUGAACAGUCGGCUCGGUAUUCAAGGAAGACACCGAUCGGCGCCGAAUGUCAAAGC